UUGAGCCCAUAUUGGAGUGUUUAUCGAACAUGGGCUAAAGGAAGAUGGAUUGGCCGACGUUUACUUGAUGUUUUUGCGGAUGAAUUUUUGGCGCUGAGUCCCAACUAUCCGGCUGCGGCAUGCAAAUUGGGCCGAAUUUGCGUGAACGGUAAUCAGAUGACCGAUGUGAAUUACGUGGUGCAGAAUAACGAUGCUAUUGAACAUAUCGGGCAUCGUCACGAAAAUCCCAUCCUUGAUUGCCGCAUCAAAGUAAUUGAUAGCAACAGCGACAUACUUGUUGUGGACAAACCCCCAAGUAUGCCGGUGCAUCCGUGUGGCCGAUACAGUGCACUUUCGAAAAGCAAAAUUCUUACUGAUUUUUGGUAAAU